GCAGUCUGCGGGCCUCCGGGGCGGCGGCGGGGCCGGAGCGGCGCGGCGGAGGGGACAAGACCAGGGCAGGAAGGAAUCGGCCGGCCGGCAGGGACCCGCACAGCCAGCACAAUGCUGUCCUGGAGGCUGCACACGGGCCCGGAGAAGGCCGAACUGCAGGAACUCAACGUCCGGCUCUACGAGUAUGUGUGCCGGGUGCGGGAGCUGGAGCGCGAAAACCUGCUCCUGGAGGAGGAGCUGCGCGGCCGGCGCGGGCAGGAGGGACUGGAGGCCGAGUGGCAGGCGCGCUGGGCGGAGGAGGCGCGCUGCUUGCGGCAGCAGCUGGACGAGCUGAGCUGGGCCACCGCACUGGCCGAAGGAGAGCGCGAUGCCCUGAGGCGCGAGCUGCGGGAGCUGGGGCUGCUGGCUGAGGAGGCGCGCGCCGCCCGCCGCCGCCUGGACGCCGAGCUGAGCGCGGAGCAGCGCGAGCUGCAGGAGGCUCUGGGCGCGCGCGACACCCUGGAGGCGCUGCUGGGCCGGCUGCAGGCCGAGCGCCGUGGCCUUGAUGCGGCCCACGAACGCGACGUUCGAAACCUUCGCGCGCGCUCCGCCGGCCUGACCCUGAGCUACAGCGCCCGAGCCACCCGCCCCGCCGUGCCCCCACAGCGCCUGCAGGAGGUGCAGGACAGCUACACGCUGCUGGUGGUGGAGUCGUGGCGGGAGACCAUACAGAUGUACGAGGACAAGGUGCGCGAGCUGGAGGAGGCACUGCGGCGUGGCCAGGAGAGCCGGCGCCAGGCGGAGGAGGAGAAGCGGCUGUGCGCCCAGGAGGCGGAGGCACUGCAGCUCCGGGCUCAGGAGCUGGAGCAGUUGCGUGCGAUGCUGGAAGACGAGCUGCUGCGGAUGCGCGAGGCCUACGAGCUGCAGGCGGAGGAGCGGCAGAGUGUGAUCGCCCACCUGGAGGAUGAGAAGGCCACCCUCAGCCUGGCCCUGGCCGACCGGCUGCGGGACUAUCAGGACCUGGUGCGGGUGAAGACUGGCCUCAGCCUGGAGGUGGCCACCUACCGUGCCUUAUUGGAAGGAGAAAGUAACCCGGAGAUACUGAUCUUGACCAAGCACAUCGAAAGCCUGCCACAAGAGCUCAGAAAAACGUCCUAUCAGCAAACCAGCUCGGUGUUACAGAGGGAAAAUGAAAGAAACCUGUUUCUGAGGCACAAGCCACCUUCCGGAAGCUUCCACCGCAGCUGGGCCCAGCCCGCGUCACGGAGGGCCAUCGAAACCGCUUCCAGAAGACGCCCCCUGGGCCCAGCAUACCCUUCCCUUAUCACCUGGCCGGAGAAGUCUUCCGAAAAAACUGCCAACGGUCAAGCCAGCUUCAGAGCUCUCUCUCCAAUGUCCAGGCUUUCGAGAAAUACUGAAGUUCAAGUGCAAACAUUCCCUACUCGACCAAGAACUGAAGGCACCAAGGCUGGUGGUGUGGCCCGAGAGCCCACCCUCGCCCAGGGGUCGCACCGUCGGGACACUGUGGCGGCGGGUGCUUCUGAAAGCACUUGGUCCCACGAGAGGACUGUCGUUCUGGGGAAGAAAACAGAGGCUCCGGGCAUGAAGGAGCAGGAGAGGAGCAGACCGGUAACCGUGCAGACGAAGCGGGAGGAGAGACUGUUUGAAUCCAAGGAGAGGGCUUCGGAGGAGAGAAACUUGCGGUGGGAGGAGCUGACCAAGUUGGAUAAAGAGGCGAGGAUGAGGGAGACCCAGCACAUGGGGGACAAGGCGAAGGGGAGGGAGUCGCGGAAGGAGAAACACGUGAGAGAAAGAGAGGUCCCGAUCAGUCUAGAAGUCUCCCGGGGCGGCACAGCAGCGGGGACCCCCAAAGGCGCCCAGACUCCGCUACAGAGGGACGCGGGUGGCGGCGGUCCAGGGGGAGGGGCGCGCACGAGAGAGACACCACGGUUCCGCUUGGACACCAGGGACGCUGCGGGCGCUCUGCAAGGCGACUCUGUGACCGAAACCAUAGCGGAGAGCAUCGUGUCCAGCGUCCUGCAGCAGUUCACGCAGUCUCCUGACGCGGAAGCUUUUCCAGACACGAAAGUCACUUACGUGGGCAGGAAAGAGCUCCCCGGGGAAAAGAAGACAAAGACGGAGAUCGUGGUGGAGUCGAAACUGACCGAGGAAAUCGACGUGACGGACGAGGCCGGCCUGGAUUACCUGUUGAGCAAGGACGCGGGGGAUCAGGUCUGGCAGAAAGGCAAACCCACCGAGCGCAUGAUAGGAGACGUGAUCAACCUGGGUCUGAAAGGGAGGGAGGGGAGAGCGAGAGUGGUCAACGUGGAGAUCGUGGAAGAGCCCAUGAGCUACGUAGGCGGCGGGGAGGCCCGCGAGUUUCCGACCCCAUUCCACGUGGAGGAGGCCGACGACGCGUCUCCGGGCUCCAAGGGGCUCGGCGCGGAGGAAGGUUACGCAGAAACCGAGGUCACAUUCUCCACCACGAGUCGGCGUAAGAAGACCCAGCCGCCCCGAGAGAGCGUAACUCGCGUGGAAGAAGUGACGGAGGCAGGUGACUGGGAAGGAGAGCAGAGCUAUUUCGUGUCGACCCCCGACGAGGCCCCGGAGCACGACGCCGGGCGCGACGCGGGCGACGGCUCCGUGUACGGGCAGAUCCACAUCGAGGAAGAAUCCACCAUCCGCUACUCCUGGCAGGAUGAAAUCGUGCCCGUGUCUCGGCGAAGACCGCCGAGGGACCUCGAGUUGGGAGAGAAGGUGGUGGAGCCCCCGGCGGUGCCAGAACCUUCCCUGGAGGGGCACGUGGGGUCCCCGCACUGGAUAGAACAAACCAGCAGCGGCGAGUUUCAUGCAGAGACCACGGUGGUCGAAAAGGAGAUUAAAAUACCCCAUGAAUUUCACACGUCCAUUAAGAGGGACUUCCCGGAGCCCAGACACCAGCUGGUAGAGGUGAUCGGGCAGCUGGAGGAGAACCUUCCGGAACGGGUGAAGGAGGAGCUGUCUGCCCUCACCUCGGAGGGCCAGGGCAGGCUGGGGAACCUGUCGGUUGAUGUGAAGAAAGUCCAGACCUCCAGCGGGGAGGCCGUGACCUUGGUGGCGGAAGUCAACCUCUCGCAAACCGUGGAUGCCGAUCAGCUGGACCUGGAGGAGCUGAGCAAAGACGAAGCUGAUGCCAUAGAGAAAGCCGUGGAGUCGGUGGUGCGAGAUACUCUGGCCAAGCGACACAGCCCAGCGCCGGGAAGCCCGGACGGGGACCCUGCAGUGGCAGCCCCUGCCUUUGGCUUCAAGCGCUGGGCCACCCAGGAGCUGUACAGGCCCUCCGAUGAGGACGCUGGCCCGGCCUCUCGCGGCGGCACAGAAAGGGUUCCUUCGCACGGUCCAGUGUCGGCCACCGUGGAGGUCACCAGCCCGAGGGGCUUUGCGCAGUCACACGUGCUACAGGACGUAGCCCAGGCUGUAAGGCACGUGACGAUAGGCCCCGCUGGGCUGUGGAGGACUGAGCAGGUGCCCCCCGAAGCGCCCCCUGCCGGAGAGGUAAGUGGGGAAGGCGGCCUGCGUCAGGCAGGGCGCACGGACGAGCCCCGCCCCGUAGAACUCUCCGCAGACACCGACAGGUCGGGCGGCGGCAGUGCGCUGGGCUCCCGACAAUUUCACGCCCAAUGGGAAAGGACUUUUCAGGGCCCGUUCUCCGGAGCAGGGGAAGGUGGCGAUUAUUUUCGAACAGGAGAGUCAGCGAGUACCCUGACUUCUGUAAGGCACCUCCAGCUGGGCCCGAGGGAGGGGUUCAGGGAGCAAACCCAGGUCACAGCCCCCCUUUCGGACACAACAGAGUCGGGAGUCGGAGGGGCUUCCGUGCAUGCCCGAGAGUGGUCAGAGGCCAGCACGUCCAUCAGGCAUGUCGCAGUGGGCUCCCAGAGGCUGCAGACCACCGAGCAGAGAGGUCUGCGGCCUGGGGGAGUGGGCGACUCGGAAAGCCGCGUCCCCGGAGAGGGCUCAGCAGAUGAGACCUGGGCCGCGCAUAGUUACUCGGUGGGCAGGACGGUCCUGAUGACGCAGAAGAGCACCUUCCAAGGGUCUGAGUCCCAGUCUCCCCAGGAGGCUAGUUGGGGGGGCACCUCAGUGGCAGAAGAGACCCUGGGUGCGGGCAGAUCUUACAGGCACAUCCGGCUAGGUCCCACAGAAACCGUAACCUCCGAACGCAUUGUCUUCCACGGGCCCGUAUCCCCAACCUCGGCCCUCGCCGGGUCUACCGACCCCCCUGAGCGGGGCGAGGCCGCGGACAGCCGGACACUAAGGCACGUCGCUCUGGGGCCCAAAGAAACCUCGUUUACCUUUCAGAUGGACGUGAGUCAUCACACAAAGGCGACCCCCAGCUGGACCCCAGAGGCCACAGCUCUCUUCCCUGCGGGGUCAGAAGCGGAAGCUCAUAGUGGAACCUGGAGAGACGCUGGCGGUGGGGGGGACCGGGCGGCCGGCGUGAGCGCUCGGGGCCGGGAGCAGGCUGAGUUCGAUAAGGCGGUGCAGCUCCAGAGAAUGGUAGACCAGAGGUCGGUGGUCUCGGACGAAAAGAAAGUGGCCGUCCUCUAUCUAGACAAUCAGGGGGAAGACGAUGAGGGCCACUGGUUUUGAUCACUAUUUCGUUUGACGUGGCAUCUGAUUUCGCCGUGUGCCAACACACACAGGCCUUUACUUCUUUUAAGGGGGGACCACUCUUUAUUAAAACGUCCCCCCCCCUUUUUAAUUUCUCCAAAGAGUGUUCCUUCCGGGCGAGGCUGACUUACUUUGCGGCCUGUAAGGGUUUCAAAUGGAUCCACACCUUAAACGGCCUCGGAAUUUUAUUUUUUGAGUUGGGACUUUUACAAAAACACUUUGUCUCGUUUUAGUCUUAAAAGUUCCUUUUGUGUGUGUGUGUGUGUGUGGAGUGUUCACUCCUAGAAUCAGUGUGUCCCAGGUUUGCACCUGGUCACCGAAACGCCUCACACCUGUCUGAAGCCUUAGGCAAACUGCCUGAAGAGUAACCAGAGUCAAGUUAUUUAGGACUAAAGAGGAAAUUUAUUUGCAUGUGCUCAUAAGAAAUAGUAAGCUAACCUUUUAAGGCAAAAGAAAAAAUGUAUCUUUUUCCCUCUCUGAAGUCUUUUCAGCAAGACAUCUUAGGAAAUGAGCAGAUUGCUUCCUCAUGGAAAGAAAUCUAAAGGGUUUCACCUUUAGGAAACAGGUACUUGUCAUAGGGUUGAAUGCACUUUAAGUCGCGAAUGAAUUGCUUUCUAUGCAUAGCACUUUUA